AUGAAAUAUUCUACUAUCGUAUUACUUUUUUCUUUUUUUGCAACUAGUUUUCAUUUAACUCAAUCACAAUCAGGAACUUUUCAGAUAUCGCAAUUUGGAGGAAAACCAAAUGGAGAUAUAGCUAAGGCUUUAACAAGUGCUUGGGCUCAAGCAUGUGCAUCCACAUCUACUUCAAAAAUUGUGAUUCCAGCAGGCACAUAUCAAAUGACACAUGUACUUUUAAAAGGUCCUUGUAAGGCUCCUAUUGAAAUUAGCGUUGAUGGAACNAUCAAAGCACCGGUAAAGCCAGAGGACGUUGGCGGUGACGAAAUUCUAAGGAUUGACUAUGCUAACGCCNUAACCAUAUCUGGCAAAGGAGUUUUUGAUGGUCAAGGUUCCUAUGCUUGGAAACAAAAUGAUUGUUCCAAAAAAUUUAGUUGCAAACUCCUUGGCAUGAACUUUGCAUUCAACUNCGUCAACAAUUCAAUAGUUCGUGGCAUUACUAGCAAGGAUAGCAAACACUUUCAUGUUAAUGUUUUGGGAUGCAACAAUUUCACAUUUGAUGGAUUUAAAGUAACUGCUCCAGGAGAUAGUGCCAACACCGAUGGCAUCCAUAUUGGAAGAUCAAGAGGUGUGAAUGUUCUUAAUACAGACAUUGCCACCGGAGAUGACUGUGUUUCACUAGGUGAUGGUAGUAAACAGGUUCUUGUCCAAAAUGUGAAAUGUGGACCUGGGCAUGGUAUUAGUAUUGGAAGCCUUGGAAAAUAUAAGGAAGAAGAGCCCGUUGAUGGUAUUACAAUUAAAAGUUGCACUAUAAAAGGAACUCAAAAUGGAGUAAGGAUUAAGACUUGGCCUAGUCAACCAGGAACAAUAACAGUUACUAACAUGAGAUUUGAGGAUAUUACCAUGGAUAAUGUUACAAACCCUGUCAUCAUAGANCAAGAGUAUUGUCCAUGGAACCAAUGUACCAAAGAGUAUCCAUCAAAAAUAAAGAUAAGCAAAGUUAUCAUCAAGAAUAUUAAGGGAACUUCAGCAAGUAAAGAAGGAAUUAUUCUUGCUUGUAGUAGUGGUGUACCAUGUGAGGGUGUAGAGUUAUCUAAUAUUGAUCUNAAGUUCAAUGGAGCUCCGGCAAUAGCAGUAUGUAGUAAUGUGAAACCAACAAUAACAGGAAAGGUUCCUCCCUGCACAGCUCCGAGUACUAAAAAACAGUAA